UUUCAGAGCCUGACCCUGUUGAUCUGAGCUGGCCGGAGCUUUUCACUGAACUGGAUGUGAAGACGUACUACCCACUGGAAGCAUUUAAGGCUAAAAUUCAGGACGCGGAUGCCCAGUUGGGGCGUCUAGACUUUACGGGAAUCGACCAGCUGUCUGACAGCGCCUUCCGAGUGUUGUACAGCGCCCUCUGCCAGUUCAGUGGGAAACUGCAGGCCGUGGACUGUGGAGGCUGCACUCACCUGACAGAUGCAGGUGUCUACUGGCUGGCCAGGUGUGGCCAGGUGGGAGGUGGACUCCAGGAGGUCAUCCUGAAGGGCUGCCGACAGGUAACAGAAGCCUCCAUCCUACACCUUCUGGAGCACAACCCUGGUCUGUCCCUUCUGGACAUGAGCUUCACCUCUGUCUCCUCCCUAUCUGUGUUCAUGGAGAAAAAGUGUCAACCAGGAGGAAGGCUACAGGUGGACUUUACAGGCUGUCCGCUCGUCACUCCUCCCGCAAGCCAGGCCAAGAGUUUGGAGUCGUUUGAAGACAUCUUAAGCUUCUUCGAAGGUUCAUCAAAUAAGAAAGGAGCUCAGAAGGCAUCCCACUCCAGGACCUCUGACCCCAGAGUUGUCCUGGUAGGAGACCACACUCCAGCCACGGCACAACUGUUGGUGUCUCUCCUGCCAAAAGUCUCCAAACUGUCCAACCCGCCGCUGCCAGGGCAGAUCGAGAUGUACCAGGACUGUGUACUGCAGCAGGGGGGAAACAAGCGGUCAUUUGACAUCGUUUAUUGCACUCCUGAAGAGCUGAACAGUGCCCUGUUUGUGACUGAGGGAACUGUAUUUGUGGUGCUCAGCAAUGGGAAGAACACAUGCACAAGGGGCGCAGACAUCAUCAAGGGCAUUCGUGCAAAGGUCCCCAAAGCACCCUGCCUCUUGGCCGAGUUGUCUGGAGAAGAUCAGACAUCAACACUAGACAUGACUUCAGCAGUGGAGCUGGUCCAAGGGGCAGUCCACACAAUGGAAGAGAGUAUAGCAGGCAUGGACUUCAACAGUCAGUGCAACUUGCAAGAGUUGCCAACAGAUGGUGGACAUGAAACAGGCAGUCAAG